AUGACCACCGCUCAUCGUCCCACCUUUGAUCCGGCCCGAGGCAAAGAAGCCCUUCGCGGCCCGGCAUACCACCAACGUCUCCUCCCAGCGCACACCCAACUCAAGUUCCGCCAAGCAGGCCAGGGCGGCAACGCAGACGAAGAAUCCCACGAUCUCAGAGCCGAGCUCCUCGCCGCCGAGGCCGCCCACUUCGCCAAGAAGAACGGCGGCGCGCCUCCCCCCUCCGCGAACGACGAUGCCGAUACUACCGACGCGCCCUCGGGCGGCGUGAAGCGUGCCCUCGAGGCCGGGUCGCAAGCAGACGCAGAAGAGGACUUUGAAGCGAAGCGGAGGAGGAUAUUAGAAGAGUCGCGGGACGUCGACGCAUCCUCAGACGAGGAAGGGGACGAAGAAGACGAUGACGACGAUGACGAUAGUGACGAGGACAGCGACGACGAGGAGGCGGAGCUACAGCGCGAGAUGGAGAAGAUCCGACGCGAGAGGGCGGAGAAGAGAGAGAAGGAAGAGAGGGAGAGGGCUAAGGUCGAGGAGGAGGCGCGGGAGAGGGAUAUCGCGCUGGGGAACCCGUUGUUGAAUAAGCCUGAUUUCAACAUGAAGAGACGGUGGGACGACGAUGUCGUUUUCAAGAAUCAGGCGAGGGGAACGGAAGAGAAGGGCAAGGGCAAGGAGUUUGUCAACGAUCUCCUGCGCUCCGACUUCCACAAGCGAUUUAUGAGCAAGUAUGUUAGAUAG